AAGUAUUCACGCGCUGCAACAUGGCAGCUGUUCCAAUGAGUACGUGGAGCUGCUUGAACAAGGAGCGUUUCUAUACAUGGACACUUCUUUAUGUACUCUCACUCGUUACCAUAAAAACAGUUGCAUCUGCUCCAGAGACGGGAUCAUGGAAAAUAACCGCUUCAAGUACCUCAAGACCGCUACUGUUAAGAAAGUCCAUGUUCAAAGACACCAACGUUGAACUGAAAGUUGUGUCAUUUGGCUGCCCUGAUGAGGUAACAUUCACCAUUCAGUGGUAUUUGAAAUACUACCCCUGCCACAAUGAUUUCAAUAAUCUUGAUGAAAUGUACGAGCGAACGCCGCUGAGCCGCGGGCAGAGCUUAGAUCCCAAUCCCCUCAUAAAAGGAGAGUACAUCGAGCACAAACACAAACCGAUAGUGUGUAACAGCAAUCUGCGCUCCUUUCCAGUGUUAAAAAAAGCCAAGGCAGAGCCACGAACUGUCAGUCCGCCUGUUGAGGGAAAAAAGUUGGAUGAAAGCGACAUCCGAUGGAUUACUGAAGAGUAUGAUGGCGGCACGGUGACAAACAGCAGCACUGUGGUCAAAAACAAAGACAAUGUCAUAGCCUCCACAUGGAAGGACGGCCCUUACCUACUCGUGGUGAAGAUUGUGCCCAGUAAACAAGAUGCUAACUGGAAUUUAACUAUGAGUGUGGUGAUGAAAGGCAGGCAUGGGUUCAUUUCCAUUACAGAAUACCCUCUCAUGAUCUUCUACAUGGUCAUGUGUGUGGUGUACAUCCUCUUCGCCCUGUUGUGGUUCAUCUGGGCUGCCUGCUACUGGAAAGAUAUAUUGAGGAUCCAGUUUUGGAUCGCAGGGGUCAUCUUCCUGGGGAUGGUGGAGAAGGCGGUCUUCUGCGCUGAAUACGAAAACACCAAUAUUGUCGGCUCUGCUUCUUCUGGCCUGCUGAUUUUUGCCGAGCUGAUUUCGGCCCUCAAGAGAACUAUAGCCCGAUUGCUCGUCAUCAUCGUCAGCCUGGGCUAUGGCAUUGUCAAGCCUCGAUUAGGCACGCUGAUGCAUCGAGUGGUUGGUCUCGGGGUUCUCUACUUUGUCUUUGCUGCCAUUGAAGGUGUACUGAGGAUAACUGGGGGUCGAGACAAUGGCCCUGCUCUCAUUACAGCAAUUGUUCUGGCUGUAUUAGACUCAUUCAUCAUCUGGUUCAUAUUUGUCAGCCUUGCUCAAACCAUCAAGACUCUGAAGCUGAGAAAAAACCCGGUUAAGUUGUCCCUCUACAGGCACUUCACAAACACACUCAUAUUUGCAGUCAUUGCUUCCAUCAUUUUCAUGGGUUGGACAGCAAAGAAAUUCCGUCUCGUCGAUUGCCAGUCGGAUUGGAUCGAACUGUGGGUGGAAGAUGCUUUCUGGAGGUUUUUAUUCUCCCUCAUUCUACUUGUCAUAAUGUUCCUAUGGAGACCAUCUGCUAACAACCAAAGGUAUGCCUUCACACCUCUUAUCGACGACUCAGAUGAUGAGGAAAUUGAGGAAUUUAUUGCCUCUGCAAACAUGGCUGGCAUGAAACUGAGAACCACAAAAAAUGAGACAAAUGGUACAGUGAAAUCACCAGAAUCAAACACGGAAGAAGACUUGAAGUGGGUUGAGGAAAACAUUCCUAGCUCUCUCUCUGAUAUAGCUCUUCCGGUCUUGCUUGACUCUGAUGAGGAAAUCAUGACGACCAAGUAUGAGAUGUCCAAGCUGGAAUGAGAGGAAACCUUCGAAGCCCUCAAGGGAUGAUGAUGAGGGCAAACGGCUAGUUGUGACUCUAAAGCUGUCUUUUGUGCAGAAUGACACUUUAUUGCUGGUGGUGGGGCUAUUGUGGAGCCCUACUAAUGCCUUUCUACUAUCGACCCCCUCCCCCUCAACAAUGGGUUCAUCUUUUCCCAACAGAAUCAGUUUGAACCUUUCUUUCCAAAGAGAUGAGAUGAUUUAAUAUUAAGUGCUGUAUUUAUUAGCAUUAUGUAUCCAAGAAUUUUUUCAAGUAAAAACAGAGGGCCUCAUGCAUGAACAUCCUCACAGACAGACGCAUUUCAAACGAAAUGCUUAUUUAUAAAAGUGGAGAUAGUUACGUCCCAAAUCAGGAAUUAACUGAACUAGAAACGUGCAUGUGUCAUGUGGUGUUGAGAUUUUGCUUCUAUGCAAUUCCACCAUUAAAACUGUGCCUAUACGUUGUUCUUCUAUGAGGCCUGAUGUGAUAUUCCAAUCACCUCAGUUUUGAUGCAUCAUUUAGUGUUUGCGUGAGAAGAUUGAACACUGUCACAUCUACACUUAAACCACAAGUUCAGUAGUUAAGUCCUAGCAGGGUCCUCAUGUGCGUGUCUUUGGAGCAAUAUAUACUGUAUGUCAAAAAGGAAUUGUGUCGUGUCAUUCUUAUUUAUUUGCAAUGAAAGUGUACUUAUAAGUAAUGUGUUGGCCAAGUUUACCCAUAUUUUGUUUACACUGUCUUCUUCAGAGCUGGACCAAUCUCAAUGUUCUGGGCAAAUGGCAAUUUGUUUCUUUUCCAUGACCAACUUUUCUUUCUGUGUUAAUUUUCCUCUUUUUUUCAGUUAUUGUUUGAAAAUGUCUGCUGAAUGGCGUUGUCAUGGUAAUUUAGAGGAGCAGCACUGCUGUCAUGCUUUGUGGGAUGCUUUGAGUGGUUAGCAAAAGCACAAGGUGGAUCACCUCAACAGGAUCGUUAGACUAUUCUGUCAAUGUUGAUGAUGGUUUCUGUUUCAGGGGUUGUUGGAAACAGUUUGUGUCGAUGAUGGCAAGUGAUACUUGGGUUAUAUAAAUUACAAACAUCUGCACCUUGAAUAUUUUUACAGUUGCCUGAGUUGUGAGGGGUUUUGCAUGUCAUUUUUGUUUGUUUUCUUUUUAAUAAGAUUGUUUUUCAUGCAUUUUUUUCUUACCUUUUCCAUGUUGGGAAGUGUUUAAAUCAUAAUUAUAUACAGGAAUAUGUUGCUUUCCUGGACUAUCAUCUUCUCUGUUAUUACUGCAAUAAAAGGAAGUAUUUUACAGUGGU